AUGACAGAAUGUACUUCUACUAAUUAUUAAAAUUGUUUGAUACUAUCUGAAAACUAGGCAUGCCUGGAUAAAUUUAGCACUUUCUAUAAUCCUCUUACAGGAAGAUUUAGAACAACUUGCGUAGAAAAUGGUUAAACAAAUUGUGUUUGUAUUAGUAUUAUAGAUAACAAUUUAGAUACCAAAUUAAUUUGCUAAUCUGGCUUUGAAUGCUAAACUCUUGCAAAUCCACAAUAAGGAUGUUUUGAAAAAUGUACAACCAAUAAAAGUUCUAUUUUUUAUUGUAGAUAAGACAAAUCCUAAUAUUGUAAUGAAAAUUAGGCUUGUUAUGAUCCAACUUAAUCAAUAGGAUCAUUUACAUAGACUUUGAAUGAAAUUCAAAUAAAAUAUUCUUUUAAAUUUCUUUUAAAAGUGUCUUGA